AAUUAAUCGCAGACCGUCACGUAUUGUAAGAUCUGUGAAACAGUGAUGAACCCGUCGGAGACAUACAGAUUCACUGGAAAGAGCUGGGGAAAAGCAGUUUCAUCACUGUUCAUUAUUUUAAUUUUUUUUUUUUUAGAAUCUGUGUAAAUCCCUCAUAAGUUCACUAAUGAGGAUGCUCUUAGUUGUUGACUUUUGUUUGUGUUUAGUUUGUUUUGUUUUUCAUUUUUGUUUUUCCAAAAAUUUAUUUUUUAAUCCAAUCAAAAAUUUUAGAUUUUGUAAAAAUCGGUUUUCUGCAAAUCAAUUUUGUAAAAUAUGGAAGACUAGGCGGGAUGUAAUAUGGAAAAUAUGCAAGGAGAGGGAAACGGAUACAAAAUCGGUUGCUAUUAUAUUAGAGAGAGUUCCAGAAGAAGGGGAACCGAUCUCAAAACAAAUUAGGGUUCCAAGGAGAGGGAGGGAGGCGAUGACUGAAGCAUUUGAAGGCUGGAAUCAAUGGCUCGAAGAUGCGUGUUUGUUUUGGCGACCUGGGGAUUAUAACUAUCAGACGCCUAAGCAUGAUCCCAAAAAGGCUAUCUACACACCUGAGCAAGAGCAAGAACGAUUUAAAGAAGAAGUAGAAAAUAGCGAGGGUUUCGACAUCGAUUUCGAUAGCUUCCGUUGCGUUUUCAACUACCAUCGUGCUUACCUCGACGCAAAUGAGUUCGUGGAUGAGCCAGACACCACUGGAGAUUUACUCGUGAGGCUAUCCAAGGAAGCCCUCGAUGGUCGCAAUGGAACAUAUAAGACAGAUUUCGAGUUUGUGAGCGUUGUUAAAGCCAACUUUCACUACUCUGCUGGAUUCAUGUUUCUCAUAACGUUUGAAGUUCGUGAUCCUUAUGAUGGUCUGAUCAAACCAUUCCAAGCAAGGGUGCGCCACCUUAAACAUACCUUCACCGAGCAUGUCUUCUGCAGGCCUAAACCCAACGCCGGAGUGGAAUACUAUGGGACUGCCAAGACAGAUUUCCAGAAAGAUACCAAGAAACAAAGAUUGGAGUAGUACUAUGCUACGAGUAGUGAGUAGUGAAACCUAAGAGAGACGUCUCUUGUUUAGUUAUCUAUUUACUUCCAAGUGUGACUUUACUUCUUGUGUUCCAUUGAAUAAUAGACUUAUCGGACGAAAUGUUUCUUGUGUUGCUCU